AUGUCGUCCAUUCCUCGCGAAAUGAACGCCAUCAUUAUUCGCAAGUUUGGCGGUAUCGACGUGCUGGAGCCGGCCCAACUACCUGUGCCCAGCGUGGGCCCGGGUCAAGUACUCGUCAAGAUCGCCUUUGCCAGCGUGGCAUCCUGGGACCCUUUUGUUCGCGAAGGCGGCUUCGCACAAGUCUUGGGCCAUGCGCCGACCUUUCCGUACAUCAUAGGAUCAGACGGUUCCGGAACGAUCGCUGCAGUGGGCACAGGCGUCACCCACCUUGCGGUAGGCGAGCAAGUCUACUCGAUGGGCAUGGGACACUAUGCCGAGUACAUCGUCCUGGAUGCACAGGCCGUCUCGCCGGUGCCCAAAGGCUUGCCACUGGACCAAGCAGGUGCGAUGCCCAGCAUCGCUCUCACGGCUCUGGUUGGACUGGCAAAAGAGCUGCAGGUGCAGUCUGGACGGACGCUAGUCAUCAGUGGAGCCAGCGGCGAUACGGGUCAGGUGGCCGUACAGCUAGCCAAGCUUUUGGGAGCUCGCGUCCUCGCCAUUGCUUCGGGCGAAGAUGGCGUGGCGCUGGCUCGAGAGCUUGGAGCGGAUGCGGCCAUCGACGGCAAAACCGCUGACAUUGCCGCGGCAGUCGGGCAAUUCGCACCGGGUGGUGUCGAUGCUGCAUUGGCGCUCGUGGGAGGGGCAAGCUUGGAUGCUACCAUUGCCGGCGUUCGAAAAGGUGGACACGUGGCUUAUCCGCUGGGUGUGAUGCCAGAGCCCGAGUCUCGUCCAGACGUCCAUCUGCAACGCUACGACUUGACCAACUACAAUGAAAAUCCAGCCAUUGCUCAGCCUGCAAUGAGACAGCUCAACAGUCUCAUCCAAUCCACCUCAUUCCAAGUCAAGAUCGCUCAAACCUUUCCGCUGAACCAAGCAGCAGCGGCUCAUCAGGCCGUCUCUGCUCGUCGCGUUGGCAAGAUUCUCCUCUCCACGGGAUGA